AUUCUCUUCAAAUGUUAAAAAAAUUACACCAAAUCAUCAAAUGUAAUCAAGAGUCAACCAUUCCCAUGAAAACUAGUUACUCCACGAGUACACUGCACACACAUUCUUGCAGAGAAAAAGAUGCCCCCCUCUCUCACUCUCUCUCUCUGCACCUCCUGACAUCCAAAGAAAGACAAAGGUAGGCCACCAAAGGGAAAGUAAAUCCCCAAACACCACAAAACCAAAAUCAAAACCCUCUUUUUCUCUCUCUUUGAGUACAAAGGAAGCAAAAUCAAGGUGUUCAAUUCAAUCCCAUCUCAUUUUCUUCACCAAAAGCCAUGAUUUGAUCCAUCAAUCAAACACUCCCUCACAAUCCCACCAAAUGGGUAUUUUUUUUAUACCCACAAAACCCGUUUGCCUCUUCUCUCUCCUCCUCAUCCUCUUCACCAUUCUCGACCUCAACCCACUCUCUGAAUCUGCAUCAGAGUACACCACUCUGGUCUACAAGGGCUGUGCAAAGCAAGCAAUGUCAGAUCCAACCGGGGUUUACUCACAAGCCCUCUCAACCCUAUUCGGCACUCUGGUUUCCCAAUCCUCCAAAUCCAAGUUCUUCAAAACCACCACCGGUAGUGCCCAAACCACCAUCACUGGUCUCUUCCAGUGCAGAGGCGACCUCAGCAAUGUCGAGUGCUACAACUGUGUGAGCCAGCUACCAAUCCUCACCGACAAGCUCUGUGGCAAGCUCGUCGCCGCUAGAAUCCAGCUCCUCGGGUGCUACAUGCUGUAUGAAGUUGCCGGAUUCGCCCAAAUCUCCGGCAUGGAGAUGCUGUUCAAGACUUGUGGCGCCACAAAUGUGGCCGGGAGCGGGUUUGAGGAGCGGAGGGACACCGCCUUUUCGACGCUGGAGAAUGGGGUUGUGGGCGGCAAUGGGUUCUAUGCCGGGAGCUAUCAGUCUGUGUAUAUGCUGGGGCAAUGUGAGGGUGAUGUGGGGAGUGCUGAUUGCGGUGAGUGUGUGAAAAGUGCUGUUGAGAGAGCUCAGGUUGAGUGUGGAAGCUCCAUUUCAGGACAAGUUUAUCUGCACAAGUGCUUUAUUAGCUAUAGUUAUUAUCCAAAUGGGGUCCCCAGAAGAUCUUCAUCAUCAUCUGAAUCUGAUUCUUCACCUUCAUCUGGGACAGGGCAUAAUACAGGGAAGACAGUAGCAAUUAUAGUAGGAGGGACAGCUGGAGUGGGGUUUCUAGUAAUUUGUUUGCUGUUUGCUAGAAAUUUGAUGAAGAAACAUGAUGAUUUCUGAAUGAGGAGAUGAAUGUAAAAGAACCAAGAUUCUUCAUGAGGUGUUGCUUCAAUGAAGUAUAGUGCCUUUCGACGAGAGAUUUGAAACAAGAAGUUUCGAGAAAAUUAGUGCUUUUUCUAAAUUAUAUGAACCCUAGUAUUGUAGUCAGGAAAAAGCAGAAUAUUUGAUGGAAGAAUGAGGGAUUCUUUUGAACAACCGGUUCUAAUAGAAAUGCCUUAUAUCUUGAAAUUAAUUUAUCAAGGUGAUGAUAAAAUCCAUCGCUUACGCACUUGUUACACAACAAGUGCUUAGAGGAAGGGACAAUGAUGUAAUUGUGUUGCAUUUCUUGCAUUUUCAAUGUAUUUACACAAAAAUAUAUAUAUAUAGUAUAAGAAUUUGUAAUGUAGAGGACCUAAUUGGUGGAAAAAUAACUAGAAUUUCUCGGAGGAAAAGAAAAAUAUGUAAGAGGUGAAUAUUUUUCAUUUGGGAAUGGUGAUAGAAAUAAUUGGUUUUGGCCUUC